UUUGGUUGGCAAUCCUGAAGUGGUUUGUUUACGUCUCUCAGCUGAUCUUGCCUUUCCUCGUGGAUGUAUUGCAAAUAUUAAGCAUUUUUUAUACUGCAAGAAACACUACUGCGCAUAGUGAUCGCCCAGAGGGAAUGGCGGCCUUGUAUCGGCGGCUGCUGUUGUUGCCACGCACUGUCUCCCUCUGCGUCGAUCUAAGCACUAGGAUUUCUACCUUCCCCGUGCCCAGAGCGGUGUACACGUGCCCAGCCUCCGUACCCAGGCCUCCCUCCGUGUCCUUAUCCCGAGUACAGUGGUUCUCCGCCAAAAGAAAGAUGGCCGCCGUCAAGCUGAGCGAAGCAGAACGGGCGGCGCAGUUGAAGCCCCUCCUGGACGCUGGCUGGCAGAUGGUGGAGAAUAGGGACGCCAUCAAAAGGACGUUCAUGUUCCAGAAUUUCAAUCAGGCGUGGAGCUUCAUGAGCCAGGUGGCGCUGGCGGGCGAGAAGAUGGAUCACCACCCGGAGUGGUUCAACGUUUACAACAAGGUGGAGAUCACUUGGGCCACGCACGACUGUGGGGGCCUCUCCGCCAGAGACAUCAAGAUGGCUACGUUCUGCGACAAUGCCGCCAAACUCUUCGCCAAGUGAGAUAACGGAAACACAAAGGCCCAACUCCGAGCGGAUUUAUCGCAAGUCUCGAGGCCGAGCUGAAGCUCAGAGGACCACGGAAACGUUGCUGAUGCUUUAAUUUCGACGUUAACGUUUCUUAUGUUUUGUUAUAUAUGAGAAUAUAAUUACAAACAGCAA